AUUGAUGAUCCAACAAUGAAUACGACACCCAUUGCAUUGUCGUUGAUCACCAAAAAGUGGAGAGACGAAGAAGGUUCAAGAAUUCCUGUCGUGGGAAAGUUUCUGUCUCAUUAUCUCGUCAGAAGUGGAGACAAGAAGAAGGUUCAAGAAUUCCUGUUGACAGACCCGAUCGUGCGAUCUCACCGACUCGGAACUCCUCCUGCUAUGCGUGCAAAAUACAUCAUUCCUGCUGUUUUGGGAUCAUUUGCAGUGGCAUGGGUAGCUGACCAUUAUUUCGCUGACAAGAAAAUAUUUGGAGGAAGUACUCCGUCAACUGUUGCAAACAAAGAAUGGUGGGAAGAAACUGACAAGAAGUUUCAGGCAUGGCCUCGGACUGCCGGUCCACCGGUGGUCAUGAAUCCCAUUAGCCGUCAGAAUUUCAUUGUCAAGUCCCGCACCGACUCUUGAAGAUUUUCCGGAUCUUCACUCCGUUUAUGUGUGUUGUGAGCUGAAAGAAGGAUUGAAGGAUUAGCAAAAUCAAUGUUAGGCUGGUUUGAUAAUCCGGAUCUUCACUCCGUUUAUGUGUGUUGUGAGCUGAAAGAAGGAUCGAAGGAUUAGCAAAAUAAAUGUUAGGCUGGUUUGAUAAUGUUGUGAUGAACUUUUUUGUACCAAAAUAAAAAUGUCAGGGAAUCCUAAAUCUGAGGUACAAUAACCCAACUAUGAAUCACCGUGUAUUGAUCACUCUUCCGGAUUUUAUCGAUAUGUAUGUAUUUGAAUGAAACAGUCAAUAUUUGGUCGGUA